UCGUACUAUAAAAUGUAUAUUCAUCCUGCAAACGACGAGGAAUCUACGACUUUGGGAUGUGGAACAGCAUUGUCAAAAAUAGCCUUACCAGGUUCAAAGAAAAAAGGCCUGUAUGACAUUUCAACAGGAUUGCUUUCGGAUGAUAGCUCCGGGUCAUCGCUAAGCCUGUGUUCCGAAAAGAGUUUUAAUAGCAGAAAACAAAAUAACGGGAGUUCCCUCGAACGAGACUUUUCGAGUUUACUUGACGGAGUAAAGGGCCCGAUUUCGGCUUUAGCGAGAGAAUCUCGAGUUUCCAACUCGUCUGAAGAUCUCUGCAGCGUUGAUUCUAACAGUCUGGAUCUAAUUUCAUCUCCUAUUUUGAUGAGCAGAAUUCCGAGAUCAAAAAAUAUUGGUGAUUCUGGAAGAUUUGUGCAAACAAGAAGGAACGCUGAAAUCAAGGCAAGCGAGUUAUAUUACAAAAGAAACAGCGUUGGAAAGAUUUCCUUUGGAGGGGAUUCAGACGAUCAAUCCAAGAAAAACAAUGCACUGGGAAGCCUGAUGGCCUGGUUCCAACGCAAGUCGUCGACAGAUAGUAAUUCAGAUCCAUCGCCAUUCAAACGAAGCGCCAGUCUACAUUGUACAACUUCUACUAGGACCUCCAGAAAAGCUCGCUCUGAAUUAAUUGACGACAAAAAAGACAAAAUGUCAGACUCCGAUGAAAAUGAUGUUUUGACCAGAAGAAAUUCAUUCUCAAGUGGAAGGAGACGUUCGUUCAAGAGACGAUCGAGUCGCAGAGGGAAGAGAUCAAUAGAUGAUGAAAAUACAAAACCAGAAUUAACAUUGGAUGAAAUGAUGAAAAGUAAAGUUGCAUUGCAAGCUUUUCGGGAAUUCUUGAUACUAGAACACAGCGAAGAAAACUUGGAUUUCUGGUUGGACUGCGAAAUUUAUAAAUCUUUGAAAUCAGCAAAACAGACAAAAAUGGCUUUCAAAAUCUUCUCACAAUAUCUUGCACGGUCUGCUCCGAGAGAGGUAAACAUUGAUUUUGAAACGCGAGCAAGAACCGAAGAAAAACUGAAAAAUCCAGACAAUGGAACUUUCAUUGAACCACAAAAUUGUAUUUAUAAUUUAAUGAAAUGUGACACUUUUCGACGAUUUGUAAAUUCAGAUAUUUGUAUGAAAUUAUCUUCUUUCAUAUGCAAUGAAAAAAUUGUGGAAACGCGAAAAAAAUUCAAUUUUAAAACGACAUCAAAAAAGACAAAACUUCCCCGAUAGAAUCAAAUAAACGCAAGAUUAACUAACUUCGAGAAAUGUUCAAUCAUUUCAGCAAAUGCACACUUACUUGUUCUGCUUGAUUUACCCAUAGCGUCGUUUAUUUGUUUAUUUAUACAUUUGAAUCGUAUUCAAAUCUCCAAUUAUUAUCAUGAAAUUAAAUUCAUUUUCUUUUCAAUAUUGUAUGAUUUCUUUCUCAAACACAAUGGAAUUUAUUCACCACUCCUUCAACAAUUGUUAUUAUAUUUUUAUAAUAUUUUUUUAUUUUUAUCACACGAUGUUUUUGUCUCACAUUUACUAAUCUGAGUAAUGACUGUAUAUGUUGAUUGAUAUUUCUUAUUAUUAUUUAUAUGAGCACUCAAUAUUCUGCACGUUGAAUAAAUUAUUAUACGAUAAAGUAU